UCUACUGCAAGAACACAUCCGCACCAUGAAUGAGACAGCUGUAUCUUUCGCCAAGGAUUUCUUGGCCGGUGGCAUCUCGGCUGCCAUCUCCAAAACAGCCGUCGCCCCGAUCGAGAGAGUGAAGCUGCUCCUUCAGGUCCAGCAUGCCAGCAAGCAGAUCACCGCAGAUAUGCAGUACAAGGGAAUCAUGGACUGUGUCGUCCGUAUCCCCAAGGAGCAGGGAUUCCUUUCCUUCUGGAGAGGUAACCUUGCCAAUGUCAUCAGAUAUUUCCCCACCCAGGCCCUCAACUUUGCGUUCAAGGACAAGUACAAGAGGAUCUUCCUUGACGGCGUCGACAAGCGCGCCCAGUUCUGGAGGUACUUCGCCGGCAACCUGGCCUCCGGUGGCGCCGCCGGAGCGACCUCCCUCUGUUUCGUGUACCCCCUCGACUUCGCCCGUACCCGUCUGGCCGCCGAUGUCGGCAAGGCCGGCGCUGGCCGGGAGUUCAACGGUCUGGGAGACUGCCUGGUGAAGAUCUUCAGGUCUGAUGGUCUGAAGGGCCUGUACCAGGGCUUCAACGUGUCCGUGCAGGGCAUCAUCAUCUACAGGGCUGCGUACUUUGGCAUCUACGACACAGCCAAGGGUAUGCUUCCCGACUCCAAGAACGCCAGCAUUUUGGUGAGCUGGAUGAUCGCUCAGAGUGUGACCGCUGUUGCCGGUCUGACCUCAUACCCCUUCGACACUGUCCGUAGACGUAUGAUGAUGCAGUCUGGACGUAAAGGAGCCGACAUCAUGUACACCGGGACCAUCGACUGCUGGCGCAAGAUUGCACGCGACGAAGGUGGCAAGGCUUUCUUCAAGGGGGCCUGGUCCAACGUGCUCAGAGGCAUGGGCGGCGCCUUCGUGCUGGUGUUGUACGACGAGCUGAAGAAAGUCCUGUAAAUUGUCAUUUUGUCACACCACUGUCCAAUUUGGCUAAAUGUAAUAACCUUCCAUUUCUAUGGACUCUGCAUUCUGCCUUAUUUAUGGGAACAAACUAUAGUGAGUCACCACUAGCUGUGGGCGAUGGCUGUACGUUGUGCAUCUUUCUGAUUUUAAACGUUCCACACCCUCUUUACCAAUGUCAUUCCUGUUAAAGAAAUCUGAUACCUCCUCCUGUUAUUCACUAGGUUUGUAUGGUCCCAACUUGAAUAAAUCUAUUCUGGGGAACAAACUCAACAA